UUUUCACAAUGAGAAUAGUUAUCUGGACUUAGUCACGUGACAUUCACGUGCGGUUCUUCUUCCUUAAUCUUCUUCAACCAACGAACACCCCCAUCAACACAAACAAAGAAGAUAACAACAACAUCAAUCAUCAUUAUCCACAUUUUCUAGGGUUUUUAGGGUUUCAAUUCAAAACACUCCAAAUAAAUUAAAUUUAAUUCGAAUUUCAAUCACCCUAACGCUCUGAUUUUCAUCUGGAUCGACAAUCCAUGGCUUGAAUUUCAAUUUCCGAAUCAUUGAGGUCGUUAAUCGAAGAUUUUAAGGUUUUUUUUUUUUGGUAGUGAAAUCAUGACUGUUGAUUAGAUCAUCGAACGGUGUAAGAUCAUGGACCAGUCUCAGAUGCUGAAUCGAAGCUUCGGACAUUGGCCACCGCCGGCGCCGCCGCCUCCGCCACACGACGAUCCAUUGAAAUUUAAGUUUUUUCAGAGACCGAAUUUCGGAUCUACGAAGCUUGGUCGAAGCAAUUGGAGAGGCAAGAAUCCGGAAAAACGCAACGAAAUGCACUGGAAAGACCCUCUCGGAGUCGGAAACAUCUACAAACCACCGAAUCUGAACGAUUUACAGUCUCAGAAUCGUCUCAAAGCUCGUCGAUUCUACCCUAAGAAGAAAUUCAACAACCGUUUCGCUCCGUUCGCUCCUCGGAACACGACGUCGUUCAUAAUCCGUGCGAAGAAGUCCGGCGGAAUCGCUUCCUUGGUCUCGCCAUGUCCGGUGACUCCGGCGAUUCUUCCGUCCCCGAUUUUCUCGCCGUCGAGGGAGGUUUUGGUCGAUAUGGCGAAGGAAGAGUGGGGUGUGGAUGGUUAUGGUUCGAUGAAGGGCUUGAUUCGUCUCCGUUCAUCGCAAGAUCAUGAGGCGGAGGAAGAAGAAGAAAUUGGAGGAGGAUCGAGUGAUAGUGAUGUUGAAGAGCAUGUUGAGGUGGAGAGGAGGUUAGAUCACGAUUUGAGUCGAUUCGAGAUGAUAUAUCCGAAUGGUGGAGAUGAUCAGACUAAUCUGUUGGAGAAUAGGGUUGAUGAUCAGUACACUCAUAUAGCUCAAUUGGAGGAAGAGAAUUUGACUUUGAAGGAGAGGAUUUUCUUGAUGGAGAGAGAAUUGGGGGAUUUGAGAAAGAGGGUUCAAUGCUUGGAGACCAACAAUGACGGUGGGCAAGCCACGAAUAACAAAGAUGAGGCGUCAGAGAAUUGGUCGGAGAACCAGACGGGCGGUGAUAUUUGCUCGGAGAAGAGUACUGGCGACGGUGAUGGUGUGUGAAGGUGAUAUAUCUUUAACUUGAUGAUGGAUCGCUUUGGGGAAAUUUUUAGAAAGUUUGUUGUUAUUAGUGCAAAUUCUUGUACAUAUGUUGUGUAGGUUGUGGUAGUUCUUGUUGUAGUUACUUUGUUCAUGUUAAUCUGACUAUGGGCUAAUAUGAAGUAGAUGACUGUUUUCUUGAUUAUGAUUAGUGAUAAAAUUGCAGUGCCUUUUUACU